CCUAAGUGAUAAGUCAUGUUAACCCUAUGCACUAGAAGGCAGUAUUUAUAAUUUGUUCCUUGAGUUCGUAUGGCCAGCUCUACUGGCCGUCGCCAUUUUGUGGGAAGUACGGAUUAACCCUUUCCGAUCUGUAUUGUGUUUUUAGAAAUAAUGUCCUCUCGGGUCUGUUGGCCAGCUGUGCUGGCCGCAGCCAUUUAUCAGCUAGGUCGGUGACAUUCCACAUGGGUUUGUCCUCCCCAGUCUAUUGGCCAGCUGUGCUGGCCAUGGCUGCCGCGCAGUCAGCUCUGAACAAACAAUGCCAUUGCACCCAGCCAGGUGUGAGCCUAUUUUCAUACUUACCUCGUAUUGAGGACAAGAAUAUGUCACAUCUGGACGAGAUCAAUUACCUGAGAGAAGAGAUUAACAGAAAAAAUUCCCACAUAUAUCUUCUUGAAGAAGCAAAUUCUAAACUCAGAGAAGACGUCUCAUUAGCGAGGUCAUCAUCAAGAGAUAACUUCAACGAAGUGUCUUACAAUAACCAGGAAAGUACUCCUAGAUUAAAUGGUGCAUCUGCUGGAGCUAGAGAUUUGGAAUAUCUUGUAUUUAAAAUAAAUAUUCUUGAAGGAACAUUGUUGAAAAAUGAGUCAGUUAUUAAAGAUCUACACAAAAGCAUGGAGGAAAAAAUUAAUGGUUUGCUGCAAAGUUCCAAAAGUAAGUCAAUUUCAGAGAAAGAAAUGGACUUUGAUGAUUUUAAAAAACAGCUAGAUUCUAAAAAUCAAGAAAUAAUUAAGUUAAAAGAAGAACUUAUGGAGAAGUCACAAGAAAACUUGGAGGUAUCGAAACAAUUAAUGUCAGCCAAUUCUUCAGGUAAAACGCCACUCAAUGCUCAAAGUAAAAAAAAAAUAAAAAAAGAAAAUGGUGAAGAAAUUUUUAAAUUAAAGAAGAGGAUUGAUGAGUUAAACAUGGAUCUACAAUCAUCGAAGCAAAAUCUCAGAGACAGUGAAAAAGAUCUUCAAAAUAAAAAUGACAUUAUUCAGUCCCAGAAACGACUAAUCGACCUAUUACAAGAUCACAGGAGGUGUUUCGAAAUUUGUAUCAAGAAACUCACUGGGAAUAGAAUAUUUUUGAAGGUAGUGCCCUCCGACACUGUUGAAUUUGUCAAGUGCAUGGUGGAAUACUAUGAUGGGACUCCAGUUGAUGACAUUCGCUUGAUCUUUGAUGGGAAGCAACUAGAAAAUGGUCGGAAACUGUCAGAUUGUAACAUCACACCAGGAAGUGAAUUGGGGUUUGUCCAUGGACUCAGAGGAGAUUGAUACCAUAAAUCUGUCAACACAAACUUGGAGUGAACGUAUAGAAAAAAGCAAUUCCAAUGACUCAAUAGCCUAAAUCUGUCAGAAAACUGUUAUUGGUUGCUUAUUUUUAAUAUUACAAUAUUUUAUAACUUCCUCACUUUAUUAAAAAAAAUCUUUAUGUUUGAUUUACCAAACUCGUAACUAUUCGUAGGUAUUGAAAUGCACCUUUAUUUAACAUUACAGGCAACUUGUUUAUGAACUACUCAUUCAAUUUAACACAAUAUUUUUGUAUUCGGUGAAAAUCUUUAAAAACAGUAAUUAAAUCAAAAUGUUUUUUAUUAAUUUUAUUGUAUGUUAAAUGGCUUAAUUCAAAGUAAUAAAUAUUGAUUUCACAUUU